GAAUGACGCAGGCAUAGUGAGACAAACUUUACAACUUUAUUGAUAAACAUACACGCGCACACACAAACACACCCGCACGCACACACACGCGCUUGACAAAAAAAAACAUUUUAAACAUUAUUUAACUUUUAUUUCGAUAACAAAGUAGUACAAAACAAUACACACGAAACAGACACGUAAGAUGGUCAGUUAAACACUUGAACAUAUGUAAAUAUUAUUUUUCUAAUAACACAAAAUCUGUUAGUGUAAGUAGCCUAACAUGAUCUUUUAAUGCAUCCUACAAUAUAAAAAAGGUGCAGCAUUAGUGUAAUAAUGUUGUUUGUUGUGUGUUCCCAUACCUUUAGUAAUUAAUUUGACAAUACCUAUUUUAAAUUGGGUUGAUACCUAAUUUGAAUCACUUGCAGAUCUCCUCUGCAUGUUUCACAUUGUUCGUCUAUGUGUGCCCUGCGAUUGACUGGCAAUCAGUUCAAGGUGCCCCCUGCCCACUGCCCAAAUACGGCUGGGAUAGGCUCCAACACGCCCAUGACCCUCGCGAGGAUUCAGCUAUGAUAAUGGAUGUUAAAUAUCGCUCUAAGAUGACAAAUAUUGUUAUACAUGUGCAAGAAAGUGACACCACUUUUAGAAACUUUAUUUUAAGCUCAAGAUGUCUGUGAGGAUCCAGAUACAGAUUGGACAGGGAAGUUGCAAAGUAAAAAGUCUUCAGAUUUAAAAAUACAGAGAACAAGGCUGGAUGCAGAAGGCAUGGGAAGAAGUCUUGACACAUCUGACUGAGCAACUCGAUUUUAAAUACUGAGAAACAUCAGGCCAUGCCCAAUCCGCUAUGACAAAAUAAAGGUGACAAAAUAAAUGACGAUAGCAGCUUCAAGGACCCAAAACAAAGUCACAACCAAUCACAAUAAAACAUUUAGAUUUAGCAUUUAGACUCAACAUUUAAGUGAAACGUUUAAAAUGUGUAUGUUAUUAUCCAACCAUGGUCUUCCUUUAAUUUUGGUGACCGUCAUGUACAGUACAUUGCUAUUCAUCCACUGCUCGGUGAUAGCGUCUGCACGGUGUGGCCAAUAAUAACAUAACAGAAGUGUAUAUAUCUGUGUGUGUGUGGGGGGGGGGGGGGGGGGGGGAGAAAGAGAGAGAGAGAGAGAGAGAGAGAGAGAGAGAGAGAGAAAGAGAUGUACCAUUUAGAGCCACCCACCGAACACCUGCUCAACCAUUGUAACUUGAGCAAGCAAGCAUGUGGAAGCAGCUCUGCAGCAUUGCCAUUCAUUUCUAAUUUUCAAAUCAAUCUUAUCACCAUCCAUAGAUUAAUCAUGGAUGUUUAUGGCUGAAUUAGUUUUUUUAAUCAUUAUUAUUUUAGGACAAAAAAGGCUGUCACACGGUCAGCAAUGAGUGCUUCGGCAGGGACUGGCGUGUUUGUGCUAUCCUUGAUGUCCAUUCCCAUCUGUUACUUGUUCAACUCACUCGUCUACAACAACAGCGCCGAAGCCUUCUUUUUUGCUGGAUGUGCAACAUUCAUCUUUCUGGUCAUAUCUGCCCGUUUUAUACUCCGGAGAAAAGCUCCAUUAGACUCUCUUUUCUAUGUGUAUGCAGUCCAUGCGUUCUUCAGUGUGGUGAACUUGAUCAUCGGACUGGAGCAGGACAACAUCAUUGAUGGAUUUGUGACUUUUUACCUGAAAGAGGCAGAUCCACACAUUAAUACAGCACACGGUCACAUGAUGUCCUAUUGGGAUGGCUGUGUGCAUUAUCUGAUGUAUCUCCUCAUGAUUGCAGCAAUUACCUGGGGGGAUAACUUCAGAGCUAUUGGACUCUACUGGGUAGGGUCUUUUGUCAUGCGUUCCAUUAUCUACCUUCUUGGGAAUGCUGUUGGAAAAUAUGGGACUGAAAUGGGUCCUCUCUUCUUCCUUCACUUACUGUACAUCGCAGUGUCUGUUUGGGCGUGUUUUCGCAUCUUCAGCCACCCUUCCACACGAACUGUUGAGUUGACGAGCAUACAGAAAGCUCAGAGGAUGACAAUGUUCCGCAGACCUAUGGACUUGUUUUUUAUAAUCUACCUCAUCCCAGCUAUGUCUUUCUGUGUCUUCAGAGGUCUGGUUGCCUUGGACUGUUCCAACGCAUUGUGCCAGCAUUACGUGCAACAUUACGAGCCUUACGUGAAGGACCCCUCUGCCUACCCUAAAAUACACAUGCUGGUGAGCAUGCUGUACUCAGGCCCAUACUACAUCAUGACUCUCUACAGCUUGUUGGUUCCAGGAUGUGAGUGGAUGCUGGACCUGACUCUUGUACAUUCAGGUGCUGUAGCACAAGCCCAGUUUUCUCAUAUCGGCGCCUCUCUUCACACACGGACACCAUUCUCUUAUAGAGUUCCUGUUGCCAACCAACCUGUGUUUUUGCUGGUUAAUAUCCUGUAUGCUGUGGUGCCUCAGGCUCUUUGCUACCGCUGCACUACCAGGCCGGCCUUCUUCCUCAAGGGCAUGCCAGACAAGAAAAAUGCAUGAGUGAUUUAUAGAGGAGCUCCAGUCUUUUUUGGAAAAGCGAGUGUAGUCAAUGCACUGUAGCAGCUUAAGAUGAAUUACCACAUUAUUUUCCAAGUUAAUGAGAGUUUAGUGAUGGAAAGUAAAAUACUAAACACUUCCCACCCCAGUAAAACACUGGGGUGGGAAGCAGGUGUCUUGCACUGACAGAAUAAUAGCAAAUUACCAUAGAUACCUGCAAGAUAUUCUGACAAAAGUAAACUCUCCUCACAUUUAUGUAACUAUUUAUCAUAUCUUUUCGUGGGACAACGCUGAACAAAUGACAGUUUUGAAAUUUGGGGUUCUCAUUCGCUCACUCUCAUCUUAAUCACUGAACUAAGUUCAAUAUGGCACUUCAUGGUAAAAAUCUCUGAAGGGCUGAAAAAAAGAAUUGUGACCAAUUUGUACAUUUUCACUUUUGUUGCUCACAUUUUCGACAUUACUCGCUGGUUUUUGAGGUUCUUUGCGGGAACAAUUAGUCAAUGCCAUUAUACCGCCUAUUCAGUACACUGACUAGAUUAAAUUUUGUAGCAAAUUUUCAUUUCAUCACAAAUGUCCAAUGAAGGAUAUAAUGAAUUGUGCACACAAAAUGUGAGGGCGUGCUCGUUUGUGUAAGAUACAGUAGUUCAUAUCCCCCUGACUACCAGGAAAAAAAUGUUGUCCAAUCACAUUUAUUUUGAAAUUUCCCAAUCUAUGUGAAGUAAUUGGACUACUCCAAAAGAUUUUUUUUGAAAUUCCACUACAUUUUUAAACACUAGAAUACUUGAAUACAUGAAUACACUUGAAUACUAGGCUCAAAUACACUUAAAACAACUCAACGUGUUCAUAAGAGUCUUAUAAAUAAAAUGCCAACAGCAUUUCAAGACAAAAUGUGUUUGAUAGAAAGUAUUACUUUUCCAAUUCUCAUAAAAAGUGCUUGCACUCAGGGAAGCCAUUUUCUUACUUUUUCUAACCCCUACAAAUUUGGUAUCAUUGGAAAGCACUGAAUGUCGUCUUUAGAGUAACAAAGGGAGUUAUUGCGAUUGGAUGCACUGGGUGGGAGAUAUUUAGGUUCAAAAAUGUCCUUUACAGAGGACAAAUUUGAACUAUUGGUAGUCGGGAGGAUAGAAUCAUGCGAGGCAAAUAAACAACAUUGCCUGUAUAAUAUAUAUAUAUAUUUUUUAAGACUUAAAGCGAUCUGUCUGCUGUUUGUUUUGGAAAAUCAAGUUAUAGAUUGGAAAUCAUUUUUUACUGACUACAUUUGAAUUCAAGAAAUGAGCUGAAGUGUGUUUUAUUUUUUUUGUGUUCAAUGCUUUGUUGAUAAACUUGGCUCAUAUUUGACAUGA